GCCGCGGUCCACACCAUCCCCCAUACCGGCCGCCUCCUGCUCGUCCCAGCCUUUCCCUCGCCGCUCCCGGCAAGAUCCACAUGCAGUAGCAACUAGCAAGAGGAGGAGUUUGGCUGGCCUGGCCUUGUUGCUAGCUGCGGCUGCUUCGAUCCGGCUGGGGCUUUCAAAUCAGGAACAACGACAGAUCCGAGGCUUUCUCGAAUCGGGCAGGUCCAUCAAAUCAAAUCGCUCGCGAGUUAGCCAGCAGCCCCAGGCCGCGGCUCGACAUCAAAUCACACUCAUCAAAUCAAAGGGGACCAAAAGGAUAUCCCUGGCUCCUGCCUCCCUCCUCGCCUAGUCGUAUAAAAUUCCCCUUUCGACUCCUCCCCUCCGCUCCCUUCAUUCGCACCCGGCCUCCUCUUCCUCCUCCCUCCAAGAUCCCUCGCUCCGCUACCUUGAUUUCCCCGCGAUCCGCCGUUCCCUGCCCUAGCCAGAUCGAGCGAGUCUAUACUCGCCCGUCCUUGACUACUACUCCUCCCUCGAUCGAGCUGAGCGAUCUCGUCGACAGCGCCAGCGCCUCAGGUGCCGGAGCUGCCACAUUCGGUCGUCGAAAUCUAUCAUGAUGUCGUCCUCGUCCUCCUCGUCGUCGGCCGCCUUCCCGCUGGACCACCUCGCGCCGUCCCCCACCGAGCAGCUCUGCUACGUGCACUGCAACUGCUGCGACACCAUCCUCGCCGUCGGCGUGCCGUGCAGCAGCCUGUUCAAGACGGUGACGGUGCGCUGCGGCCACUGCGCCAACCUGCUCUCCGUCAACCUCCGCGGCCUCCUGCUCCCGCCCGCGGCGCCGCCGGCGGCCAGUCAGCUCAGCUUCGGCCACUCCUUGCUCUCCCCCACAUCCCCGCAUGGCCUCUUGGACGAGUUCGCGCUCCAGGCGCCGAGCAUCCUGAUGGACCAAGCAAGCGCCAACCUGAGCAGCGCCACCACGGGCCGCAGCAACAGCAGCUGCGGCAGCAACCUGCCGGCCGCGCCGAUGCCGGCAGCGAAACCGCCCGCCGUGCAGCAGGAGCCCGAGCUGGCGAAGAGCGCCCCGUCGGUGAACAGGCCUCCGGAGAAGCGGCAGAGAGUCCCGUCGGCGUACAACCGCUUCAUCAAGGACGAGAUCCAGCGCAUCAAGGCCGGCAACCCGGACAUCACCCACCGCGAGGCGUUCAGCGCAGCCGCAAAGAAUUGGGCACAUUUCCCGCACAUCCAUUUCGGCCUCAUGCCGGACCAGGGCCUCAAGAAGACCUUCAAGGCUCAGGAUGGCGCUGAAGACAUGCUUCUCAAGGAUGGUCUCUAUGCGGCAGCGGCAGCAGCUGCAGCCGCCAACAUGGGCAUCACUCCAUUCUAGCUGGUUAGGCAUGCUCCAGCCAACAAGUUCUGGGCACGCAGUGGUCAUCGCCCUUGUGCCACGUUCUAGGGUUUCGUCUCAGAUCUUGAUCUCAAUAUCGCGUGUUGUUUAAUUAGAGUACUUUCCAGUGUGGGGAGUAGAAAUGGAGAAUCAAGUUAGAGCACCUAGCAGGCCUCUAUCUUAUGAUCCUCUAGGUAUACGGACUUUGUGUUAUCUAUUUCGAUCCCUUUCAUUUCCUGUUUUCUCUUUCUCGUUUUUGUUCCUGGACCGCUUCUAUUCGCCUGUAGAGAAGUCGUUGUGCCUCCUCCGAUCCCAUGAUUGUGUCUGUUCAAGAACAUGUUUUUAGUUUUUCCUUUUUACCAUGGACAACUAGCUGAGCAUCUUGUAAAUCUAGCAACAGUGCCGUUUGUGUUCCUUC